AUGAGUCAACAAUGUAAGUUUCAUACUGCAUUGAUGGAUUCAUUAAGGGACAAAUGGGGUCGGGAAACUCCGUGGAGGCAAGAAAAAUGGCUGGGCAGCUCCUCCGGCGAUCCUGUGGAAGGCUGGUGGGCGACCCAUGAGUGCACACCAGGUGCUCGACAAAAUGCCACAUUGAAACUGUCUGCAUCUGUCAGCAGCUCUCGGCAGCUCUCGUGGCGUGGUCUAAAUAUAAUCCUGGUCAGGCAAUAG